CGCAUGCUCCAUAGAAAACUCCAUUAUUUUUUUGCACGGAAUCUGCAAGAAAAAAUAAUAACUGUGAAAUAGAGAUUAAAAGAUGCAUCGGAUGAGCUCCAUUUUUUCUAAACAUACACCAGCUUGAUCGAACAGUGUCUGGAGAUAACGACUGAAUAAUUUGGCGACACGAUCAGACAUCCUUGGGUCUUGGGACACUCCAGAAUCAAUCAAACUGUGGCCUUAGUGUCAGCUGCAGAGUUUUGGAGGAGUUGACCUCUGAAGCAGGGCCAGAAAACUUAACGUUACUUCUUGGAGAGUUCUGCAAGGUGUUGGAGGGUGGUUGGCAGAGUGUGUGUGCUUCUCCCCUGACACAAUGGCCUUCACACGGUGGAUACCAUAGCCAAUAAUAUAUUUGGCAUUUCAAAGAUGACAAGGUGUUCGGAGACGCAGAUAGCUAAUUAGCACAAUUGGUCGACUCUGUUUUCCGUAAACAGACGCUGUAACAUGGAAAUAUGGCCGUGUGGGAACCCCAACCCUAUAAAGGUGCUGCAAAGCAGUUUUUACAAAAUGAUGGGAGGCAGUGAGAGUGGCAGUGGAGACAAGGAUGGAGUCCACUCUGUGGCAAUACAAGUCCCCAUUGGCUGGCAGAGGAGAGCGAAGGACGGGCUUGUGGUGUAUGUCAGUCCAAGUGGCGCAGUCCUGUCCUCACUGGAAGAGGUUAAGUCAUAUCUGUUGACCGAUGGCACAUGCAAGUGUGGCCUCGAGUGUCCGCUGGUCAUCCACAAGGUGUUUAACUUUAGCCUAGGGGUCAAAAUUCAACAGCACAGCCAGCCGGUGGGGAAGGCAGAGCAGGACAUGACAAAGCUCUGUAACCAUCGGAGGAAAGUGGUUGCCAUGGCAGCGCUCUGUCGCAGUAUGCAGGCUUCACAACUGCCCUAUGUUGCCCGUCACACAGAGGUCACCAGUGGCAUUAUGGAGAACAGAGAUCCUAAGAGGAUGAGAGUGGACAGGGAAGAAAAAGAACGUGGCACUUACUCCUCCAAACACAAUCUCGUCCAGUCCAGGCCCAACAAUAACCUCCACCCCAACUCUUGUGGCAGUCCUAAAAAUUCUCCCCAACUUGUGUAUUCUUACAAUGGCUCCUCACCCCUCUCACACAAUAGCACUAACUCUUAUCACACGCCUGAUAUUUUGAGGAGACUGCCACCUCCUCUCAAUCUCGCCCCCAACACCUCUCCAUUCUCCAGCUAUGGGGCACCUCAGAGGUCCCCACACACACCAACGCCUCAGAAUCUCAGUCAGGGUCAGAGGGCACCACAGACUCCAGAAGCCCUCAGAUCUCCUCAUAUGGGGCCCCUCUCUCCCCCUCCUCCCUCCUCCCCUGGGACACUGGGGAGGGGAGGGCAGAGUCAUCAACAUUGUAUCAUCGUUGGGUCUCCCCUGUCCCCCUCAUGUUCCCCCUCUCCCUCUGUGAGUAUGAACUGCCCCUCUCCCCGCCAGCGCUCACGCCACCCCUCCGCCUCUUCUGCUCACUCUGAGCAGGGGGUGGGAGGGGUGGUGCUUGGUGGCUACGCCCCCAGAAGGAUAUCCUCUUCCUCCUCACACUCUCCUAUACCAGGGGGGUCCCCUAUCCUCCAUUUCUCAAAAUACAAGCUUGAGGACAUCUUAGAGCAGUUUAAGAACUCUGGCAACAGUAGCACUAAUAAUCACAUCCUUCACCCAAACUCACUGAGCAACCAAAACAAUCCUCAUAUCCUCUCUCUAGCUCUUGAAAAGGUUGGGAGGCCCACAAAGGCACCUGCUUCUGUCUCAGGCAUGGAGAUCAGUGCUGGUCCUUCUGGUUUGCCUCUUGGAAAGUUCUUGAACCACCAGAAGCAACCCCACCCAGCUUCUUUUCCUGCCAGUAGUCUCCUCUCGGCAGCAGCCAAGGCCCAGCUGGCCAGCCAGAUGACUCACAACCAGAGCUCCAAUUCGCGCAGCAUCCUCAACUCAGCCCUCUCUUUGGAGGUCUCGAGGGAGUCUAAGCAAUUGAAGCCCCUAGCCUCCAGUCCCCUUCACCUCUCCCGUACGGACCGGACAUCCCACAGGAAGCGGCAGCGGCGUUCGCCCACAGUGCUCAGCAUGCUGAAGGAGUCCCAGAUGACCGGUCCCAGAACCCCCGGCGACGUGCUCAACCUCUCCUCGCACUCUCAACCCUCCUCUACCUCAGCCUCGCCCUACCCCGCCAUGUUAGAGAACCACCUCCAGGCCCUAAGGCUCUCAGUCCGGCACUCUGGCACACUCGCAGGGCCCCAGAAGCAGCCUGACGGCGCCCUGGAUUUCACAACAAUCAUGGCAGGUCAACCGGAUCCCCCCACCCAGCCUCUCUCUGCUCUGCUUCACCUGCUCAGUGUGCAGAACGCUCAAGCCACUGGAGCCCAGCCCGGCUCUGGACACUGCACAGGAGGCAUGAGGCAGAGCCCCAGGCAGUCUCCCUCGCCCUCCCAUUUAAACAUCAGACCAUUCCCCGUGCAGUCCCCCACUAAUCACAGUACCACACAAGGCCCAUCACAGCCCCUCUCUCCCUCUCAGUCAAAGUCCAGGCGAGGUAAUGCACAGUCUCCGUCUCGACCACAUACGAGGACUAGUCCCAAACAGAGACGGUCUCCUUCCAUGGCCCUGUCCAACGCUCAGUCAGCACAAUAUUGCAGUAGCCCCUCGCCCACCCCACACACCCCUAAUAGGCUGUGGCAGGCCCAAAACCAACCUAUGGAUGCCACCACCAUCCAGUCACCCAUUGGCCAGGCCUUUCCUGAAGUCAGUGAAUCAAUGGAGAUGGAGAGCAUGUCAACACUAGGCCCUGGUCUCAACAGCACCUCCAACCAUAGCAGCAGCGUCACCAGCUACAGCAGCACCACCUCCCCCAGACCCCUGGAUCUCAGUAACCACAUGCUGGCACUGCUGGCAGCCUCUUCCACCACACCUCUUGGGGAGGGGGGCCUGGACAGAAGCACCGGCAACAACACUACAGGGGUACAAGAGCCUCAGAGUGUUGAUCAUCAGGGCUCCACAGUGACCAAACCCCCGGGAGGCUGCAGCCCCCAGGCCCUGGGGGACUCUACUUGCUCCUUACCCCUGGCUGAAGCCUUCCCCUUCAUGAGUCAGGAGCAGCUUCUCCAGCUUCUAUCUGCCACGGCCGGCCUGCCCUCCCUCCUGGACCCCACCAUCCUGGGCUCUCUGCCCCUGGGCCUGUGGAUUGGCGGUCAGCAGGGUCACCUCCCCAUCUCCAACACACCUCAGCAACACCAUCAACUACCCGAUCAACAACUACUACAACAAUCAGAACAACAACUACUGUUACAGCAUGAGCAACAGCAGAAACAACACCAGACUGCCCAUCUGAACCACAACUUUCCAUUUAGCUUAUUCCCCUGUCUAAUGGGAGGUCAGGGAGAGCUGCCUCUGAAUCUCCUGGGUCUGUUGAACCCACUGCUACCCCCUUCUGCUGCCCCUACCCCAGGCCAGGAGUGUGAUCUGGGGAUGGGGGAGAAACUGGGCCUCCAGGCUCUCCUCAUGGCCUCCCUGCUACUAGGCCAGCAGCAGACUGCCAUGUUGCCCCUGUCUGGGCUUGGCCAGCUGAGCCUGGACCUCCCCUUCCGGCAGCACAUCCCAGCCCUGUUGGACGGUUUGUCUCUGGAUAAAGGGUCUGGACUCCUGGACCCGUCAUCCCUCCCCGGCCCUGGGCUCCUUGAGGCCCUCCAGGGCCUGCUUCCCCCAGCUGAUGGGCCGCUCCAGGCCCUGCAGUCGCUCCUGCUCUCCACCCCCCUGCCUCCGGCCUUCCUUUCCCUCAGCCCUGAUCUGCUAACUGCUGCCCUGGGCUCUACUGGCCUCCCGCCUGCCUCUCAUCUCCCCCUAACACAGCAACCCCAACAACCCCCACCUCAGGUCUCAGCUUCAGGCCAUGAUGGGGGGAUGGAAACUCUAAUCCCCCUGUCUGUCCAGGGAAAGGACAACCCUGGCCUCCACCAGUUACUGCCUACUCUCCUCAACCCAGGGGUUCUAGGAGACCUGUCUGCUCUGACCAGCCUCCACAGUCUGCUGGGGCUAGGUGCAGGCCCUCUCUUCCUGCCCCCCGUACAGGCCUCUGCCUUGGGCAUGCCUCUGCUCCAGGGCCCUGAUGGGGCCAUCAACCUCCUCAACAACAUCCAGCUCAACAUGGCACCACCCUCAGAGGGAGAAAAGGCCAUCUCCUUACAGGAAACAGACAGCUCCUCCCUUCAGGAGGAUAUUCCAGCCAAUCGGCUUACCCCAGAGACUGCACCCAGCCCCUGUCCCGCCCUGGCCCCCGUAUCCCAGCGUGGAGAGGGCUCCGUGGUGAGCGUCCUGGACCCCUACGCUUCCUUCAUGGACACUAUCUACACCUCCUUCCUCCAGGUCAGUGCUAAAGAGCAGGAAGCAGUUCAGUCUGGGGCGGAUGCCUUCGGUGCCUUACCGCCCUCCUACCCUGGGGAGCGCCGUUCCCCCUCCGCUCUCCUCCCUCAGGUCAGUGCCCCCCUCUCCCUGAGCCCUCGGCAGGCCUGCACCCUGAGGAACCCGGACCUGUCCCGGCUCAAUAUGGAGGCAGCCCACUCCCCGGCUCAGGGCACCCCUAAACCCAGCAACGAUGGCUCCAACACGCCCCCGCAGAACAAGUUGGAGUUCCCAGAGUGUCACACUAACCCUCCUCUGCUUCCCAUCUACCUGGAGGAAGCCAAGACAGACUCGUACAGCCAGGCUGUGUCAGAUCGGCAGGGGGACAGACCCCAGGCAGGAGGGUACCAGAGUCCCAGAGACGGGAGCAGCUGCCCCAAGGAGGAGACUGGGGGUCUACAGCACACGGAGCAGGGCAGGAACCAAACUGCACAAAUGGGGGGGGCCAGAAGAGGCAGGAAAAGGAAACAAACGCUACAGAAUGUGCUAGAGGACUUCAGAGAACUGGAUUCUCCAGCCCUAGAGGAACCUAAACCCAGGGUGGUGCUGCUGAAGCCUGAGAGGUCGGUCCGGGGCAGGAGGCGGCGGGGAGCCAGGUCCCAGAGACAGUGACGGGAGCAGGUUCACCCCAACCCCACCCCUAUCACUGCUUUAUAUUGUCUAAGCUCCCCCACUCUGUUUUUACACUGCACUAAUAUAUUGUCAUGCCAACCUCUUACCUUUUGAAUGGGAGUGAACUAGAUGAGAAAAUGAAAAAUAGUUAUGUGGAUGCUUUCACUUAGGUCCUCUCUUAAGUCUGUGUGGUUGCUUGACAUUGUGAUUGAUUGAGAUCCGUUAUGAUGUAAGUGUUAGAAUUAUGUCUACAAAAAACUGCACUGUUUCUCAGUGUGUUUACUGUGAGUCAGGAUAAGAGUAUCUACUUGAAUGACCUACAUUUGCGCUCUGUUUGAGAUUGUAUGAUGUCUGUGUGCGUGUGGAUUGUGCACAUUUGGGUGUUCAAGAUGCUCAAGGUAGAAGUUGCCCCUGACCACAGAUCUAGAAUCAGAUUGCUUGGGGAGGGUGUUGUGUAUCACCAAGCAGAUGAGUUAGCCAGCUAAAUGUACUGUCUAAAUAAUCUGAAGUCACAUUUUCAAAUUAAUAAAGAUAGAUGUGAAAUUGGCAAGACUCGACACUUCCAACAACCCACAUUCAAGAUGAGCUUUCUUAUAGAACCUGCUCUAUAAAGUGGUCAUGCUUUGUGAUACACCCCUUUGUAUGUUCUCUGUGGUGUGUUUAGUAAACAAUGCACAUUUCAAUUAGGUCCUUUCACAGGGGAAUGGCUGAUGAAAAAGUGUGAGCUAUGUGUGCGUUUUUAACUCAAUGUAUUUUUGGGUGGGAUGUAGUUGUACUUUCUCUCAUUGUCCUUCAGAUCGCUGUGCUAUACACUAUUGCAGCCCAGUAAUGCUGGCAUAUCUUAUUUAAAUGAAAAGAAGCAGAUUAUGCAAUUUCUACACAUGGAGAUUUGUAAAUAUGUACAGUUAAUGUGUUUUAUUUUAUAUUGUUAGAGACAAUGAAUUGUGAAUUUUCGGGGAAUUGUAAUUAAGUAUUUUCUCAUUCUACCCUUGCUUUCAAUACUUAUGUUAAAAGAAUAUUCAAUUGUUGACUGUAGCUUUCUUUUUUAUAUGGGAGUCUUUUUUUUAUUUAAUAUUAAACUAUUUACAGAAAA